AUCGCAGCACAGACGCUACGGGCUAUCACCGAAGCUCACUACCACUUAGCCGGCAUCUAGCAAACUUUACUAUCUUCGGCAACUAGCAUCGCGACCACCCUGAAACCAACAAACAAUACGACCAACCUCCAAGACCAAUCGUCAAUAUGCCUAUCGGCCAGCAGGAAAGCGGUGUAACUUCUGGCGUGAAGUUUGUCACGUCCACUGUAGGCAAUACGGUUGGCGGCGUUACAAACACCCUAGGAGGGGUUGUUGGCGCGGUUGGACGAGGCUUGGGGGAAACGGUGGAGGGUGCCACAGGCAGUGCCGGCCGGCCGGUUGCACGAGGCCUUGCCGAUGUAUCCACGAGCAUUGAGAAAGGUGCAAACGACGUAGCAGGAGGUGUCAAACGUGCUGGAGAGGGCAAAUAAGCUUCGAUAAAGUUGGACAAGAGUUGGAUUUGUUAGUGAAGACUGGGGCUGAUACCACGGCCUGUGUCCUGGCGUAUAGCGGGGGACGGGCAAGUGUACACACAGCCACCGAAUGCUAUUAGCAUGGGAUGUCGCCAAAUCCAUAGGCAUUGUGAUCAAGUAUAUGUCCAAGACGCGAUGCCGGAACAACUGCGCCGAAGAGAUCUCCGCUCAUAUCAUACAACGCCUAUGUGAAGCUUGCACUUUCGUGAUCCUCGAAAGAUACCGCGGC